GCGGCGCGCACACGGCAAAGUGGGCAUGAACCAGGCCGGGCUCGGGCGUUUUUGGUCAGAGGUUUGCUCCCGGCCCCAGAUCUCCUCUCCGAAAAGAGCCAAGCCUGGCCCGAAGUGACACGUAAGAUACCGCAGAGGACACGCAGAGUUGCGGAGAGGUCUGGGCUGCCCGUGUCCGUCGUUUUGCUUGCUCCAGAACCUGAGGAUAACUUUGACCCACGGCGCUGAUCUCCGGACUGUACAGGCACCACAGAGGGAAUAUGACAGCCAGCCUGGGCCUCUGAGGGGAGCGAUCAUCGGUGUGAGCACUUGGUGUCUGUUAAAGUGACCGCACAGCCAGACUAUGCAGCAUCCUCUGGACAUGGGGGCGCAUUACUAUCCUCCGGAAGUUCACCCCGACCACAGAACUCAUCGCUACAGGAGUUUCAUGAUCGAGGAGAUCCUUACUGAUCACCCGGAGCACAAAGCGUCGGCUCCGGCCGGGGAGCUCCUCAAAUUCGGGGUGCAAGCUCUGCUGUCCGCCCGGCCUUUCCAUAACCAACUGGUGCUAAAAGCCGACCAGGCGAGCCUCCUCAAGUUCCCCAUGUCCCCCCUGUCCUGCUCGCUGGGCUCCCCGCUCGGCCCCCCGCUGCUGUCCGCGGCGCCGGGCCUGCAGGUCGGCGCGGCGUCUCACCACCUGCCGCUGGACCUGCACCUCCGCGGGAAGCUGGAGCACGGGGCCGACGGCGGCAGCAAAACGAAGAAGGGCCGCCGGAGCCGCACCGUGUUCACCGAGCUGCAGCUCAUGGGCCUGGAGAAGCGCUUCGAGAAGCAGAAGUAUCUCUCUACGCCUGAUAGAAUAGAUCUCGCGGAGUCUUUGGGUCUGAGUCAACUGCAAGUGAAAACGUGGUACCAGAACAGAAGGAUGAAGUGGAAGAAAAUUGUGUUGCAGGGCGGAGGCCUGGAGUCCCCGACUAAACCCAAAGGCCGUCCAAAGAAGAACUCCAUCCCCAGCAGUGAGCAGCUCUCUGAACAGGAACGGUCUGUGGCUGACGCUGACCGUCAGUCUGAGGGCUCAAGCUCUCACUCAGAAAACACUCAGGAGGAGUGACUGGGGCCUCAGCCCGCAGAUAAUCUGACUCUGUACGUGCAGGACCUCGGCGACACUCACCCUGCAUCUUUUGGAUGGGAACAGACUCCAUAUUGGUAUGGAGAAGAUGUUUGCCGAUACCCCCUCGUGCAAACCAAGGACUUGCAGGCCCCGCCAAUACGGACACAAGGCAACAUCUUCCAACAGCCAUGUGUUUUUGUCAUAGCCCUACCGCGCAUUCCCUCAUGAUGAACUUGCUGGUGUUGAGGAGGGAACUCAAACCUUUGCAGUAGGUCUACCCUUUAUAUUCUAAGGAUCCACUCUCACUCAUCUGUUUUGCAUUCCU